AAAUAAAAAUAUGAUGAACCCAACAAGAAGUCUUUGACUUACAGUACCAUACCCACCUUCCUUUCCUUAGUCUUACCGAAACACUUGUUCUGUUCCUACGGUGAUGGCUCUUCCUUCACUAUCCUUUCUCUUCAUCUUCUUCUCCUUCAUCGUCUCCCUCUCACACUCAAUACCCUUCAUUCUUCUUCAUGGAAUUGGGGAUCAGUGCUCUAACCGUGGAGUGAAAAGAUUCACACAGAAAUUGAGCAGCUUCUCCGGUGCUGAAGGAUAUUGUGUUGAGGUUGGAAAUGGAUCAUGGGAUUCAUGGUUUUUGUCUUUGAAAGAGCAGACUGAGAUUGUUUGUGAAAAGGUGAAGCAAAUGAAAGAAUUGAAGGAAGGAUACAACGUCGUUGGACUUUCCCAGGGAAAUUUAAUUGGUCGAGGCGUGGUGGAAUUUUGUGAAGGAGGACCUCCUAUUAAAAACUUUAUCUCUUUAGCAGGCCCUCAUGCUGGUACUGCUUCAGUUCCCCUAUGUGGUUCAGGUAUCUUAUGCGUUCUUGCAGAUAACCUCAUCAAGGGAGAGGUUUACAGUGACUAUAUUCAAGAACACUUAGCUCCUAGUGGAUAUCUUAAAUUACCAAAUGCCAUACCUGAUUAUUUGGAGAAGUGUAGAUUUCUCCCAGUGCUUAAUAAUGAAAUACCAGACCAAAGAAAUUCCACUUACAAGGAAAGAUUUAGUAGCUUGCAGAACUUGGUACUUAUCAUGUUUGAGCACGACACUGUUUUAAUACCAAAGGAAACUUCCUGGUUUGGAUAUUACCCAGAUGGCUUCUUCAAGCCAGUUCUACCACCACAAUCGACAGAACUCUACAUUGAGGACUGGAUAGGCUUAAGAACUCUAGAUGAAGCUGGCAAAGUUCACUUUAUUAGUGUUCCAGGAAAGCAUCUUGAAAUCUCCCAGGAGGACAUGAAAAAGCAUGUAGUGCCAUAUUUGAAGGAUCAAACAUCCACAAAAGAUAGCACCAAUAAAGGUAGGCUCAGGAGGAGAGAAAGUAAUCGUAAAGUUAUUCCAAGCAACACGAUGGAACAAUCUCAAAUGGUGGAGAUAGAACCAUCAACCACUCCAUUACUUGAUGGAUCUUUGUCAUAUUGGUGGUCUGCACCAUUCAAGGCUUUCAUUGCUGAAGUGAUUGGCAUUAAUGAAGAGGAAUCUACAUAAAAGAAAUCAUCAUGUUGUACUUCAUUGUUAAACUAAAUUUAUUAAAUUGAGCAGAAAUGUAUUUGGAUGGAUCAAAAUAUGUAGUUCAGUAGUUGCAUCAAAUUAUAUAGACACACCAUAAGAGUGUGAUAUAUGUUGAUAUAUUAGUUCAUCACAGACAUCAAAGAAUAUUCUUCACUUGAAAGGCUUAGGUUCCUGCUAAUUUAUGUGAACACUCAAUUUUAUUUGA